GACGAGGAGGUGGAGGAGGAGGAGGAGGAGGAGGAGUAGGAGGAGGAGGACAGAAUGGAUGGGAUGGCACCUCUCGGGACGGUUUGGGGCAAGCUGUGAAAAGUGUAUCGCCCUCCCCUUUCAUUCAUUCAUUCCUUCCGCCGGGAGAAUCUGCGUAACAAAUGACAAAGUUGCACUUCUAUUUUCGUAAGGGGAGGGUGCAUUUGUCCUCUUCUUCUCGCUCGCCUUUUUUGCUCUCUUUUCUUUUUUCCUCGGCUUCUCCUUGUGCUGCUCUUGAGGCCUGUCCUCCUUCCCUUCUUUCUCUGUCCCUCAUCUUCCAGCACCUUCAUUUCUUCGCACUGCAUUGCCGUCAGAAGAGGUGACAGUCCGAAGGCAGGGGAGGGAGGGGAGAGGGAGGGAGGGAAGGACGGAAAGGGAAGGUUAUAAGUAGAUGAGCAGCGCUGCAGGACCAUUAUGAUCAGGAUCUCCGUCACUUUAUUCAUUCAUUUUCGCCCUGUCGCUCUUUGUGUCUGUCUAUCUUGCUGAUCCAAUCUAUCCCAAAAGGGGGGUGUUGCGAGGCGAGGAGGAGCAAGGGGAGGAGCGCAGCGGGGAAAUGUGUUCUGUCUCACGGGUAUGUGACAAAUCCUUGCUCGUUGCACCGAACAACCGAAGCGCACUGAUCGGCUACUGUCAAAGAAGGAGGAAGAACGAGAAACAGACGAACGCUUUUUUGUUACACAGGAAGGAAGGCUACAGGGGGAGGAGUUGAUUCUGAUACCGCCCUCGUGGGCGUUGUUUUGUUGAUGAUGUUGUUGUUGCGUCCGGUUGCUUCUCAUUAGUGAGACGGGAAGCGAGGGAGCGAGGCAGGAGGCAAGAGGCAGGCAGGGACGUAGGAAGGAGCGAAGGGCGCCUUCACCAUCACCGCAUCGGCGACGGGAGCAGGAGCAGCAGAGGAGGCAGUCGUUCAAGUAGUCAGAGUGUUGCAUGAGGGAAGAUUUUGGGCUCUGUGAAAUGAGUCAUAGAGGGGUCGGUGGUGGUGCAGUAGUCGUCGUCGGUCUUCAGUCGUCGCCCUCAUCCUCGUCGUCGUUGUUGUGUUGUGGAUUGCCUUCGUCGUCGUCUUCAUCUUCAUCCUCGUCGUCGUCAUCAUCGCCAUCGUCGUCGGCUGGAGCGAUGGAUAGAGAGGGAGAUUGCGGGUCUAAUAGGUGCAGCGAAGCUUCGUCGAGAAUUUCUUCAUCCGAGCUUUUGGCGAGAUGCGGCGGCAAUUGACAUCCGCGUCGGUCGCCCCGUGGACGCUCUUGUUUUCCCUCUCUCGAUUCCGCUCGUUCCUACUAGGGCCCGGGCGCGCCCCGUCUAGGGCUUGGGCGGCACCACCGCCACCAGCAGGCAGGCACAGGCAGAGGCAGCAGGAGCAGCAGCAGCGAUGGAUGCGCCGAAGGGCGCAGGCGCAGGAGGCGGGGAUGAGCGGCGAAGCUACCCCGUGACAGCUGCGGAUUACAAGAUUCUGGAGGAGGUAGGGCAGGGAGUGAGCGCCACAGUGUACCGAGCUCAGUGCACGCCAUUCAACGAGACGGUGGCGAUCAAGAGCCUGGAUCUGGAGAAAUGCAUCAGCAACUUGGACGAAAUCCGCAAGGAGGCGCAGAUGAUGAGCCUCAUCGCGCACCCGAAUGUGGUCAAGGCCUACUGCUCGUUCGUGGUGGACCGGAGCCUGUGGGUGGUGAUGCCCUACAUGGCCGGGGGCUCGUGCCUGCACAUCAUGAAGAGCGCCUUCUCGGACGGCUUCGAGGAGCCCGUCAUCGCCACCGUGCUCAAGGAGGUGCUCAAGGCGCUGGACUACCUACACCGCCAUGGCCACAUCCACCGCGACGUCAAGGCCGGCAACAUCUUGGUCGACUCGAACGGGCAGGUGAAGCUGGGCGAUUUCGGCGUCUCGGCCUGCAUGUUCGACACGGGCGAUCGGCAGCGGUCGCGCAACACCUUCGUGGGCACGCCGUGCUGGAUGGCGCCCGAGGUCAUGGAGCAGCUGCACGGCUACGACUUCAAGGCCGACAUCUGGAGCUUCGGCAUCACGGCGCUGGAGCUGGCGCACGGGCACGCGCCCUUCAGCAAGUACCCGCCCAUGAAGGUGCUGCUCAUGACGCUGCAGAACGCGCCGCCGGGCCUGGACUACGAGCGCGACAAGCGCUUCUCCAAGGCCUUCAAGGAGAUGAUCGCCAUGUGCCUGGUGAAGGACCCGGCCAAGCGCCCGUCCGCCGAGAAGCUGCUCAAGCACUCCUUCUUCAAGCACGCCAAGACCUUCGAGUACAUCGCGCGCCAUGUGCUCGACGGCCUGCCGCCGCUCGGCGAGCGCGUGAAGAACCUCAAGGCCAAGGACGCCGCGCGCCUGGCGCAGAAGAAGAUGCCCUACGGCGAGCAGGAGGAGCGGUCGCAGAACGAGUACAAGCGCGGCGUCAGCAGCUGGAACUUCAACGUCGAGGACCUCAAGGCGCAGGCCGCGCUCCUCGACGACGAGGACGCGACCCAGCCCUCCUCCAAGGACCUGGCCGCCGACUCGCCCCGCAGCCGCCCCAAGGACAGCAGCAGCGAGGACGGCCGCGACGCGGGCUCCGACUCGCAGAGCGGCUGGUCGCUGCCCUCCGACACGCGCGACUUCCUGCCCGCGUCGGGCCCGCUCUACUCGCCCCGUGCCGACUCGGGGCCUCCCCCGGAGCGCGUGCCGCGGGCGCGCUCGGGGCCGCUGCCCAGCGGGGCGCAGGUGGCCAAGGCCUCCAAUGGGGGCAAGCCCGGGCCCGGGCCCAACCUGGGCCGCAAGGACUCGUCACAGCGCCACAGCGUGGGCCGCUUCGAGGUGGAGGACGCGCUGGAUCUGGACCGCGCCGAGUGGCACGACGACUCGCGCGUACGGGCCGGCGAGGACCGCGACCAGUCGCGGCGCAGCGACGAGCCGGACUGGGAGCGCGACGGCGGGGGCGGGGGCAGCUUCAAGAGCCGCGACGACGGGCGCGAGGGCGCGCGCGGCGGCGAGGAGCUGCCGCGCAUCAACGUGUUCCGGGACCGCGAGCGCAUCUCGAGCAUGAGCAUGCCGGUGAUGUGCGGCAGCGGCGGGGGCGGCAGUAAGGACGUGCCCGAUGAGAAGCUGAAGGGCACCUUUGUGCAGAAAAAAGUUGCUGCCAUCUUCCCGCACUUGCAGAACCUGCUGCAUCACUGUGUCUCGCAACAGGAGCUCGUUCUAAACCUGAUUAAUAGCAUGACUGUAGCGGGAGACCCCCCACCGCCGGCGACUGGUGCCUCUCGUCUCAGUCACAUGGGAUCCAAAUCCUUCAUGAGUAGUUCCAAUAGCCUGAGCAUUUCCACCUCCGAGGCGUCCCUUGACGUUUCCACCGAGAAGGAGCGGGACCUCCUGGACCAGGUCUCCGGCCUUCAGAGCCGAGUUGCCAGCCUCGUGGACGAGCUCCAGGUGGUCAAGUUGAGAAACGUGCAGCUGGAGCGACAGCUGAAUGCCAUAUACAAUAAGGAGGAGGAGGAGAGAAUACGCAAGGAGGAAGCGGCCAAGGAAGAAGGAUGAUCGAUCGACGGAUCGAUGGAUCGGUCGAUUGAUCACCUAACCUCAUUCAGCAUCAUCAUCACCACCACCGCCACAAUCAUCAUCAUGACCAUCAUCAUCAUCAGCAGCAGCAUUGUCGAAUGGUGUAUCAUUGUGGAAUCAAUCAUUGUGAAACGGAUUGAUGUGAAGACGACCGUUUUGAGUGGGCAGAAGAUGCAUUUGAAUGAACGCAUGAGAGAAGGAAGGAAGCAAAAGCCACGGACCAAUGAAGACGGGAAGGGAGAGAUGGAGAAGGCGGUAGCAAUUUAGCACUGAACCUGUUAGCGUUAGGUCUUUAUCUACAAGUUUUUCAUUUUGUUUGACGAACCCAGUGCCGAUUGUUAAAGGGUUCCCUGUAUCUUAUCUUACUCGAGAAAUUUUUAUCGACACCACGACUGUUCAACCAAUCAGAAAACUUGUCAGCAAGCAAAAACAUAGUGUAUGUGCGCGUCUCAAGAACGACAACAGAGAUCAGCAGCCCCGAGUGCCUGCCAUGUCGCCAGGUUUAGCAGACCGGAGAGUGUGCCAGGAAUCUCAGCCGGCCUUCCGCCUCCUCAUCGCAAUGAAGCAGCAGCAGCAGCAGCAACAUUAGUAGUAGGUCUGGGAGCAGGUGGAAUGGAGAGUCUAGAUCCAGAUCAAUCCCUAUUCAUUCGCUGGUCUAGGCUCGUUUGGUUUUGAGUGGAUUUCUGUUCUGUGCCCCAAACAAAAAGCGGGUUCAGCUUUGAAUGUUAGUACCCGAUACUAGACUCCCUGGUUGUUAGUCAGUGAACCGUUCCACAUGUGCAUACUUCAGUUUGAGCCCGCUCACUGGCUCAUAAGACGAAAUAUACUUGUGAUAUGAAGCAAUUAUUGUUCCUGAGGCUGGAGCCGAAGAAAUGCUGAGUUUCGGCCUGUGGCCACAGCGAGAGAAGCCGACCCUGAGGGGUUUUGAUUUUGCCUUCAAAUGUUCAGUUUUGUAGCAAGCAAUGGCACUUGUACAGAUAUGGCUCUACACGUUUGGUUGUUCAUCCAGCAGGAGAAGCGGCGUCCUUGUACAGAUCCAGUUGCCAUUGUGGUCAAGAUCCAUGUUGGAUAGUCUCAUACUGUCAGCGGGGGGACUUGAAUAUAGGUAUGCCAUUCAUUCAAGGUUCCUGGAAGGUGUCUUUGAGGUGGGCAAAUUUGUCCUCAUGCGUGUUCUUUGUAAAUUGGAAAGAUACCGAUCAAGCUUUCAUACCGAAUGCUUCAGCC